CAAAGAAGGGGAGUUUGGCACCAACCCACAUGGCCAGCUCUUUCUGCCUUUGACUGUUCUAGGCUGCUGCUGCUGCUGCUGCUGCUGCUGCUGCUGCUGCUGCUGCUGCUGCUGCUGGGACAUUUGUAACUCUCUUGUGCAGGACGACUGGAUCUCUCUAUUUUUGGGGAACUUCUUUUCAUUCACUCAGGGAGACGAAGGCUGAGGCAGCCCUGCAUUGCUGAACAAAGCAAAUUUUUCCUUUGAGAGGCUGGAGGAGGAAGGAACAUGUGAGGCAACCUGGAUUCAGAAGACAACAAAGAAGAAAACUCUGCCGUCAGAGGCUCAAAAGCCUACAGUUGUGGUCGUGGCUUCUUGUUCCCCUCCCCCAGCUGUGAAGUGGGGGGGAAAAUCACUGCAUCCAUCAGAGUGGCUGCAAUGCUCCCUCUUGUCAUUGCUGCUCCAAGCUGACUGUGGCUCUCAAAAGAGCUGGAAAGGAGAAGUGUGGUUCCUCCCCAGAGUCUCCUGUCCAUCAAGACAAACAGGAAGGGCAAGGGAACUCCGCAACGGGGCUGACCUAUGCCGAUGCUCCAGCUGGGCUCCAAAGCAACCAGCAGCAUUUCCAUUCUGUCCUUUUCUGAUCUGACUACAUGAUGACCCAUAGUUGGGGACCCUCCUGUGACUGGCCUGUCUGAGAGGCCAGCCCUGUGACCUGCUGAAACUUUACCCCAAAGACUGGGCUGGGCUAUGGCUGUGGAGAAAAGCCAGAAUCUGCCCAGUAUUCCCGAGGGAGACGUCACAGAGGAUGAUGAGACUUUUCUGCCCAACAAUUCCAGCAACUCCAGUGGAGCCCAGGUCCCUGAUAAACAGGAUCUCUCCUGUAGGUCACCCAACUCAUCCGUCUUCCUUACGGCCCAGUCUCCUACCUACCUCGUGAAACUAAAGCUCAACAGAGGCAUCCGGGAGUUUCAUCGGAGACUGAAAGGUGUAGCAGGCUUUGAGGUGGAGAAUGGCCCAUCUCCAGGUCGCAGCCCCCUGGACUCCCAGGCCAGCCCUGGACUGGUGCUUCACCCCAGCUUUCCGCAGAGCCAGAGGCGCGAGUCUUUCCUGUACCGUUCAGACAGUGACUAUGACAUGUCGCCAAAGACCAUGUCACGCAACUCCUCCAUUGCCAGUGAAGCGCAUGCUGAAGACUUAAUAGUGACACCAUUUGCCCAGGUCCUGGCAAGCUUGAGGAGCGUACGUAAUAAUUUCUCCAUCCUGGCAAACGUUCCUACACCAACAUCCAAUAAGAGAUCUCCCAUCGGCAGCCAGCCAGCUGUUUGCAAAGCCACACUCUCAGAAGAGACUUACCAGCAACUAGCCAGAGAGACCUUGGAAGAGCUAGACUGGUGUCUUGACCAGUUAGAGACCAUUCAGACCUAUCGCUCUGUCAGUGAGAUGGCAUCUAACAAGUUCAAAAGAAUGCUGAACCGUGAAUUAACCCACCUCUCUGAAAUGAGCCGUUCUGGAAACCAGGUGUCUGAGUACAUUUCCAACACCUUUUUAGACAAGCAGAACGAUGUGGAGAUCCCAUCCCCAACACAGAAAGACCGGGAGAAGAAGAAGCGGCAGCAACCCAUGUGCCAGAUCAGUGGGGUCAAGAAACUCAUGCACAGUUCCAGCCUGACCAAUUCCAGCAUUCCCCGCUUUGGGGUGAAAACAGACCAGGAAGAGUUGCUCAGUAAGGAACUGGAAUACCUAAACAAAUGGGGCCUUAACAUUUUCCGGGUUGCUGACUACUCCAACAAUCGGUCGCUCAGCUGCAUCAUGUAUACAAUAUUCCAGGAAAGAGACUUGCUGAAAACUUUUAAGAUCCCUGUGGACACAUUAGUCACUUACAUCAUGACGCUAGAAGACCACUACCAUGCUGACGUGGCCUACCACAACAGCCUCCAUGCUGCUGAUGUCACCCAGUCCACACAUGUCCUCCUGUCUACGCCAGCCUUGGAUGCUGUCUUCACUGACCUGGAGAUCUUGGCUGCAAUCUUUGCUGCUGCCAUUCAUGAUGUGGACCAUCCUGGUGUCUCCAACCAAUUCCUGAUCAACACCAAUUCAGAGCUGGCCCUGAUGUACAAUGAUGAGUCUGUUCUGGAGAACCAUCACCUAGCUGUGGGUUUCAAGCUGUUGCAGGAAGAGAACUGUGACAUUUUCCAAAACCUGAGCAAGCGACAGCGACAGACCUUGCGCAAGAUGGUCAUUGACAUGGUCUUGGCCACCGACAUGUCCAAACACAUGAGUCUCUUGGCUGAUCUGAAAACAAUGGUGGAGACCAAAAAAGUGACCAGCUCAGGGGUGCUUUUGCUGGAUAAUUACACUGACAGAAUACAGGUCCUACGGAACAUGGUUCACUGUGCAGACUUGAGCAACCCCACAAAGCCUUUGGAAUUGUAUCGGCAGUGGACAGACCGGAUCAUGGAGGAGUUCUUCAGGCAGGGUGACAAAGAACGGGAGCGAGGCAUGGAGAUCAGCCCUAUGUGUGACAAGCACACAGCCUCUGUAGAGAAGUCACAGGUGGGAUUCAUUGACUAUAUUGUGCACCCGUUGUGGGAGACGUGGGCAGACCUUGUCCACCCUGAUGCACAAGACAUUUUGGACACCCUUGAGGACAACAGGGACUGGUACCACAGCAUGAUCCCCCAAAGUCCCUCCCCACCUCCGGACGAUGCUGAGAAGGAUGAAGAGGCCUGUCUGGAAAAAUUCCAGUUUGAAUUGACCCUGGAGGAGGAAGGGGAGGACUCAGAACCAUCCGAGAAGGACCGCAGCAGUCCUGGAGAUGAGGAUAACAGCUACUACACAGCCACAGAAGACCAACACCAGUCCCAGGACGGGCAAGACAGACAAACGGACAGUACAGCAGUUGGCACAUCUCUUGGCACAUCAUGACUGUGGGAAGGGACAACUGAAGAAAGCAAACGCACCUACAGACACACACACGGAAGUUUUCAUGAGGGAGGGGUGGGGAUAAAAAAUGGAAAAAACUCA